AUGAUUUUCAAAUUUCGCGCCGCUCCUCUGGAGAAGCCAUGGUCCAAAAUUGUGGCUAAAUAUUGUCUUUUUGUUGCGAGACACCCUUGGCCAUUUAUCAUAAUCCCAUUCAUCAUCACUAUCUGCUUAUCAAUGGGUAUCAUUCUGAACUUCAAAAUCGUCCGAGGUGUCAAUUAUCUGUAUGCGCCUUUGAAUGCCACGUGGAAGUCAGAAGAGGCAGUGUUCGGAGAGAAUUGGGCAAAGGAUGAUGACCACUUCUAUCCAGGAAAAGACAUUCUCCGCAGACAAGGAAUAUAUCUGAUUGUGAAUGCUAAAGAUUCUGGAAAUAUUUUAAGAGAAAAUCACGCAAAAGACUUUCUGAAAAUUCUGGAAUGGAUUGGAAGUGUGAAGUUAAUCAGUUCUGCUGGAAGAAUCUUCACCUAUAAAGAUGUCUGCUUGCAUUUUCAGAACGAUUGUUUCUCAAACACUCAUGCCAAGUUGCUGGCAGACAUCUACUCGAAAAAUCAUCAAAACUCAAUGUUCAACAUUUCAUUUCCAAUCUACCGUAGUACCUAUGCAACAGAACCAAUCGAUAUUUCAAAAGUUUUGGGAAAUGUGAGUUUAGACUCAAAUGGGCAUGUGGAGAGUGCAUCCGCAUGGAUGAUACUGUAUCAAUUGAAAGCGUUUGGCCCCGCAAAUGGUCAAUUAUCGAAAGAUUUCGAAGAUGGACUGGCUGAGAAGAUUCAGAAGGGAGAGACGCCUUCUGAAUUAUUGAAUAUUUAUUAUUUUCAUUCGGCUACUUUUGAUGAGGAAUUGGAGAAAGAGAAUCGAAGGCUAACACCGAAAUUUUCGAUAACCUUCUCUGUGCUCAUCAUUUUCGCCAUCCUCUCCACAUUUACCAUCAAAUUCGUUUCAUUUAAAACUAACCAAUCCGUUUCUAAUUGGCCAAUUAUCGAUUGGGUUUUGAGUAAACCUCUUCUCGGUGUUUGUGGAGUUCUUGUGACUUUAUGUGCAAUUAUUUCAUCAACCGGAUUGCUCAUGCUUAUGGACGUCACUUUUGUUGAUAUGUGUACUGUAAUGCCGUUUUUAUCAUUGACUAUUGGGAUUGACGACACAUUUCUUAUGCUAGCAGCUUGGCACGAGACAGAUAGAAAUCUACCGUAUGAGAAACGAAUUGAAAAAUCAAUGCGCCAUGCGGCGGUCUCCAUUUCUAUAACAUCGCUAACCGAUGCAUUGGCAUUCAUAAUUGGCUCAAUUGCUCCAUUACCAGCUGUCAUGUAUUUUUGCUAUUAUUCCUCUGCGGCGAUUUUAUUCAUUUUUCUGUAUUGCCUCACAAUGUUCGUCGCUUUUUUGGCACUUCAAGGAAAACGAGAGCAGGAAUUGAGACAUUCGGUUACCGGUGGAAAAACUAGGGAUUUGGAAGAUUAUGAAUCCGCCGCUUCUCACGAGUUGCUCUUCAAAAUGGGCAGUAGGAUUACUGUAAAGGCAGACGAGGAAAACAAUAAUAAUAAUAAUGAAAAAUCAUCUGAAAAUGCUGAAACUGCUUCUGAAAAUGAAGACGUCCGGAUGUGGUAUCAGAAAUUCUUUGAAGAUCAAUAUGCUCCAUUUGUUUCGGAUUCAAAAAUCUCGAUUUUAAGUUUUUUGUUUUUAGACUACAAAGACUACAAAAACUACAAAAACUACAUUUCCAGCUCAUCAAUAUUGUCCAAGAGAGCUCCGCCUCUGAGUUUUCCUCGAAGUCCGUCAAAACCUAUUUCCAGAGGAUACAAAAAUUAUGGACAUUGCUGUGAUGAAUUCUCCGAAUUUCACAAAUUCCGAAGAGAGAUUUCAUCAACUUGGUGCUCGGAGGGACGGAAUUCGACACAAUUUUGGUUUUUCGAAAUGCAAACGUAUUUGAGUCAGCUGGGAUUUGGAGGGGAUUUGAAUCGAACGUUGAAUAGUGAUCGGAAGCUGUCCCAAACCAAAAAAACGUUUUUAAUGUCAAACGAAAAGUUCGGCUACGAUGUGUUGGAUUCGAAAAAAUUCCGGUUAUCAACAAGACUCAAAAAUGUCGAUAACGAUGAGCAAAUCUCAAAUUGUGCGAAAACAAUGAGAUUGCUCACCGAAAAACACCAAAACUACAGUAUGACAACCUAUUCACCCCUUUGGAAUAUAGCGGAUGAAUACGAUAUAAUGUGGCCACAAACGCUUCAGGAUAUUUAUAUCUCAAUUGCUGUCAUGAUUCCAGUCGCACUACUUUUCAUCCCACAACCAUUGUGCUCGUUGAUUAUAGGCCUGAACAUUGCUUCUAUUGCUUUUGGAGUCAUAGGUACCAUGUCCUUUCUUGGCGUCUCUCUGGAUGCCACUUCAAUGAUUACUGUAGCAAUGAGUGUUGGAUUUUCUGUUGAUUUCGCCGCCCAUGUUUCAUAUGCGUAUAUGACUGAAUCUAGACUGCCAAAAAAUGGAAAAUCCCCAAUUUUUUCGAGAUUUUCGCAUACACUGGGUACUGUAGGAUGGCCAGUAACACAAGCAUCUGUCUCGGUUUUAUUGGGUGUCUCAUCUUUGUACCUGGUAGACAGUUAUGUUGUACAGACUUGUUUUAGAACUGUUCUGCUGGUUAUUUUAUUUGGAACCACCCAUGCUCUGGUAUUUCUUCCACUCCUACUAAUGAAUUGUCACCGAAUUUACGCUUUUUUAAGUAAAAAUUCCGAUUCUGAAAAUUCCUAA